AUGGACCCUUCUGUCGCACAUCGCCCAUGGGAGGCCGUCUCAGGGCCGCAAACUCCUGGCUCCUCACAAACGUUACCAUCCAUCUCGACCUUGACCGCGAAUAUGCCUGGCACCGGGGCUUCUGCGGAGAAAUCCCCCGGCAACUCGUCCUUGAACACGAUCGAGCGGGACUCAGGAAAUUGGUCAAUGCCUCAAAGCACAAGUAGGAGACCUUCGCCCGGCAUGGAUUGGGAGCGGCGCGGUGCUGACCAUGUAGGAUCGUCCACCUACUCUACCACCACCAAUGGCACAGGCAACUAUCCCUCCCUCAGCUUCAUCUCUGCGUCGCAACCAUCCCCGAAUCGCGGCCACCCCGCUGUCGAUCGGUCUCCUUACUCUCAUGAUCAAUCAAAUACCCCCUCCUCUGCCGGCACUCAACAGCCCUCCCCAAACUUCAAUACCCAAUCAAACUCCGCCCUCCCCUCCAUCAAUCAAAAUUAUGAAGCUCCCUCCCAGCGCGCUAGCAUGGCCGAGACAACGACAACAACGACAGAGUCUCGGCGCAGCAGUGUUGACAGUCGUGUCAACCAAGGAAUCAGCUCCCUGGCCAUCAAUCCAGCCUCGCCAUACCACAGCACUAAUGCAUCCCAAUCCUCGAUCGUGUCCAGUCUACAAAGAGAGAGGGGGAUUCCUACCGACAUGAACUCAUACCGGGGACCGCGAUACUCCGGCGGAAGCCAGCCACUGUCUCCGUUGGGCCCUCAUGCCAGCGAUCCACAGCGCGGCAGCUUCGCAGCCGGUCGCACUGCCCCUGCCAUCUCUUCCAACCCUCGGUCGGAGAUUUACAACGCUGAGGCACCGACCGCGGGUAUGGCAUAUGCUUUCCCAGACCCGGAUAUGGCCCGCUCCAGUUCUGUCUCCUCAAAGGGGGGAUCGACCCACACGUUCUCCAGAAAAGGCAGCAUGGCAGAGUCUAUGAACAGCAUGUAUUCCGAACGGAUGCCGCGAGGACAACACGGUAAGAUUCAUUCACUCGCCCGAUGCCCGCGCAUCGAUACUAAUGAGCUUCUGUUUUUACUAGACCUACCCCAAAAUGUACACCACCAUCACUCCCUACAACACAAAGCAGUGCGCGACCUGAUCGGCGAGGAAGACGGCCCCCCGGGCAGCACGCCAUACAGUCGGACCCCCGAACUACGCGUAACACACAAACUUGCCGAGCGCAAACGCCGCAGCGAAAUGAAAGACUGCUUCGAAGCGCUUCGACUGCGCCUGCCAGCAGGCCAAACCAACAAAUCUAGCAAGUGGGAAACCCUCACUCGCGCAAUCGACUAUAUAACACUACUGGAAAAAACAGUCGCUCAAUCGCGACGCGACCACAAUAUAAUGCAAUCCGAGUUGGACGAGAUGCGCGCCCAACUAAACCAGCAAAACGGCGCUUCCCGCCCACCCUCUAUCUUCGAGCAUCAUCAAAUGAAUCCCAACCAAGUGAACGGACAGCCCCAAGGCCCCGUGUUCGGUGCGUUCGGCAACGGCCAGGUCGCCCAGGAACAGCCGCGCACAUUACCGCCACUCAUGAAUGGCUCGGUCGCGCCCAUGCAGGGCAUUCAAUAUACGGAUGAGCGGCGGUAG